AUGAGCUCCGCUGAACCCUCUGGCCAGCCUGGUCUCGCUGAUGGCUUAGCGCCAACCCAUACCUACAUCCCCAACGAGGGUUAUGCCAAUCCUGAUAAGCCGGAUUCCACCGCGGGGCAAGAACCCACCGAGGAAGAAGAUGGGGAAGAUGAAGACUACGACGAUAUUUUCGAAGAGGAAUUGGAUCAAGAGGAUAUUCUUUCUUCAAACCCGGCCGAUCUCACCAAGGCAUACAACCGCCAACGCAAGUUGAAUGACCUCGCCUCCGAUUCGAAUAUUCCCAAAUGGACCUACCCGAAGACGAAUACCCAGAAACCCUCCAUCAACACCCACGCCUCGAUCGACGACCAGGUGAAGUCUCUGACCCGCCAUGCAAACAAAAUCAAGCUCGAUGACCAACAGUCUGGUCUAUCUGUCAAGGGUGGAGGCGGAGGAGAUCGUGCAGACCGUGCAACAUCGGAACAAGUACUUGAUCCUCGCACCCGAAUGCUUCUCCUGCAGAUGAUCAACCGAGGCCUCGUCUCUGAGAUCCACGGCUGUCUAUCAACGGGUAAGGAAGCCAAUGUGUACCAUGCGAUCUCAUUCCCGGAAGAUGACGAGGCCGCUGCUGCCCAGCACCGAGCCAUCAAGGUCUACAAGACCAGCAUUUUGGUGUUCAAGGACCGAGAUAAGUACGUGACCGGUGAAUUUCGUUUUCGCCAAGGAUACAGCAAGAGUAACAACCGCGCAAUGGUGAAACUCUGGGCCGAGAAAGAAAUGCGUAAUUUGCGCCGAAUCCACUCUGCUGGUAUCCCCUGCCCCGAACCAAUCUACCUUCGUUUGCACGUUCUCGUGAUGGGCUUCCUGGGGAGCUCGAAAGGACUCCCGGCGCCACGAUUGAAGGAUGUUGAGUUUGAUAUAGCUGAUCCCGAGCUGCGCUACCGGUCUCUCUAUAUUGAGUUGCUGGGCUACAUGCGCGUAAUGUAUCAGGUCUGUCGCCUUGUGCACGCGGAUCUGAGUGAAUACAAUAUUCUAUAUCACAAGGAACGUCUGUACAUUAUUGAUGUCAGUCAAAGUGUUGAGCACGACCACCCUCGCAGUUUGGAGUUCCUUCGUAUGGACAUCAAGAAUGUGAGUGACUUCUUCCGCCGCAAGGGCGUGGUGACUCUAUCUGAACAAACUGUGUUCCGUUUCAUUACGUCGCCAGAAGGACCCUCGGACAUCGAGGGGCAAAGCAAGGAGAUGGCUGAAGCUAUUGAAAGACUACUCGUCGCUCGCGAAGAAGGUGACGCUGAGGAGGCCGGAGAUGUUGAUACAGCAGUCUUCCGACAGCAAUAUAUUCCUCAGACACUAGAGCAAGUGUACGACGUUGAGCGAGAUGCUGAGCGGAUCCGUGAUGGCACAGGCGAUAGUCUUGUUUACAGUGAUCUGCUGGCCGAUACCAAGGCGAAAACCGCCCACGACGAUGAGGAGUCAGGAUCUGAUGCCAGCGGCGGCGUAUCGGUGUCUGGUGAAGAAUCAGGCGGCGAAGAGGAAAAGGAUCCUUUUGCCCCGAAGCAGCCUCGCGGCAAGCGCUUCGAGGACAAGGACGCUAAGCGUGAUCACAAGCAGAAGGUCAAGGAGGAGAAGCGCGAGCAGCGUGCGAACAAGAUGCCAAAGCAUCUGAAGAAAAAGCUUGUCUCUUCGUCCUCCAAGAAGAAGAAAUAA